AUGUUGUUAACCGCUGGCUACACCAAGGGUGGUGGUCUUGGUGCUGAGAUUAUUGGCACCUUUGUCCUUGUCUACACUGUUUUCUCAACCACUGAUGCCAAGAGAAACGCCAGAGACUCUCAUGUCCCAAGUUCUGAUUUUGUGCCUUUUUUCUCUUAUUUUUUUGGUGUGGUGGAACAGAUCUUGGCUCCUUUGCCAAUUGGGUUUGCAGUGUUCUUAGUUCACUUGGCAACUAUCCCCAUAACUGGAACUGGAAUCAACCCUGCAAGGAGUCUUGGAGCUGCAAUCAUCUUCAACAAGGACCAUGCUUGGGAUGACCAUUGGAUCUUCUGGGUUGGGCCCUUCAUUGGAGCUGCUCUUGCUGCUGUAUACCACCAGAUAGUCAUCAGAGCCAUUCCUUUCAAGUCCAGGGCUUGAUUUUCAAUCUCUUUCGAGUGUUGAGACACCUACUAGUUUUUUCUUUUCUUUCUUUUUCAUCUUUCUUCUCCUUUCUUUUCUGAGUCCUCUUACUUUUGUGUAUUGUAUUUUUGUGGUAGUGUGUUAAUUUGUGUGUACAUUAUUGAAUAUUUAUGAUGAAUUAUUUUUUUUUAACUA